AGACGCCGCCGCCGACCUCAUCAUCACAGCCGCCGGCAGCCGGACGCUGUCUCCUCGCCCGCUUGCUUUGUCUUAGCCCAGUUGCCGCCGGCAUCGGGGUUGUGUUCUCUGUAUCGCAAUCCUCUUCCUCUGCUCCGCCACCGCGGCGCGACGACAUGACUGGGUCAUCUAAGAAGCAUGAGCUCAAAUCUAAGAAGACUAUCAGUAAGCAGAAAAAUACACAGAGUCGGCGUCAGAAGAAACUGAAAGCAUAUGAUCUCUCGGCACUGUCAGAGUUCCUCCCAGAACCAGCUGCACUAGAGCAGAAGACUGAAGCAAAGCUGAACUGCAAGUCAAGACAGACAUUAGUGCUACAGGAGGCUGCUCAUCUCAAGGCUGUACUGGACAACCUGCAGUUCCAGCUUGACCCAUUUGCUGUGAUCCAUCAGCAUCUGCUAGCAACACAGCCACCUGCAGCUGCAAAGGGCGAUGCCAUGAGGCAGGGGAAGGACUCCAAGAAAGAGAAAAGGAGGGGGAAGAAGGGCGCAUCAUCAAGCUCUCAAGCAAUGGAUAUCUGAUUGAACAUUCGUUCAGUAGUAACUUGUUCCAGAGGCAACCCUGUUCCAUGAGAGGGAGCUCAUCAGAGUUUCAUAUCAAUGUUUGGCAUACUUUGGGUACCAGUAGAGGUAGUAAUUUUUCUUUUCCUCUUUGGGCGGUCUUUUGGCUGAUGUUUGCUGAAUCAGUGCCAUCAACAGUUAAUAUAUAUGAAGAAAAGAAAUCAAUGUGACGAUUUCUGAGCA